AACCGGGUCCCAAUCAACAUUUUACGUAAUCUCGAAGGAGCAUCCUCACUAAUAAAUAGAAAAUAUAAGUACAGUAUUACAAUUACCUAUAGAUACAACUAAGAACACGGUAUGUUUGUGAGAAACGGUUGUACUCCCCGCCUUGUUCUGAUUGGCCCAAAAUGGCUGAAAGUAUGGAAGCGCAUCAUCAACUCUAUGGGGGUGCAAUGGCAGUAAUUUUACCAGCCAAUUUCUUGGACUCCAGUAAAGUUCGUCAAGUACCAGACAACCAGGAGAUUUUUAUGCACCCAUCAACUGAUCAAAGUAUCAUCAUAGAAUUAAUGGAAUACCAGCAAGUCGAUGACCCCUUAGCAGCCAGAUAUCACUUUGAAGACAUAGCAGGUGACAACGAUUCAUCAUCUGUUGAAAUAAUAUCAGAAGAAGUUGUCCCUCUUAGUGAAGUCACAAUGAAACAGUGUGCAAGUGUUUGGUUGCUCCAUGGAAAACAGAUGGUGUCAAAGUUUAAUGAGGAGGCCAAGAAUACGUUGAUUGUGUAUAUAGCUUUAUUCCGGCUACCCCAGUAUACUACGGAUAUUUUAGUGACCUUUAAUAACCCUAUGCAAAUUAGCCCAGAAAGCAGCAGUAGUAAACUGAACAAUCAGCAGGAUUCCUGGACGAUGGCCCAAUUUAAGCAAGUCAUCUGCAGCCUAAAUCUGAUUGAUUCUUCGCUGUUGAAAUCCUAAACAAUCAUGUUUUUAAAACAUGAAAAUGAAAUGUUGGCUGAAAAGCAGGCAACCAGCAUGAACAGCGCCCUCUGAAGAUGGAGCAGGUCUUACUAAAAUCAAGGACUUAUAACUGUUACCAGCUUAAACCAGCUGACGAAUUGUUUUGAGCUCCCUAAACUAAAGAAGGAACCCUUCUCUUCUAUGAGGGACCUACCCCCUUGCUCCAUUGAUUUCCAAAUUGUAACGUUACUAUUGGGGCUAACAUGACUUCGUAGCAUAUUAGUUAGGCUAUUAUGUGCUAUAGGAAUGGGUUGAAAUAAUGCUUUGGCAUUAGAUUGUUACACACUAGUACUAACAUGAUUUCUGUAGCUUUUUUUUUUUUAUCUGUGAUGGUACCAGAAUUUGCCCAGCUGUUGCAGAAGCAUGUAUUGUAUUCCCAAUAAAUCAUGGUAAAAAGGCUACAUAUAUAUUGGCUAAUGUGAGGCAAUUGCUGAAUGCAUAAACAGUGGUAUAUUUAGUUGGAGUAGUGGGGGAUGCCUGGGGCGGAUGCAGGGUUGUGACAGUGCAAUCACACCCCCUAUAUUAUAUUAGGAAAAAUAAUUGUAUUAUAUUGUUGAUAUGAAUUACUGGUAUGAGAGUGCAUUUUCUGGGCUGCUAGGUUCAUGUUCUCCGACCAUGCUGGGGCAGAUUGGUGAUGUGGACUCUCGCGCGCCACAGGAGGCGAAGGUGGGAGCUUGAUGAUUGAGGAGGUACCAGCUCACAAGCUAAGGUGACAUGAGGUAAUUUUUACCUAUUUGAGUGUAAUUUUUUGGUUCUGACAUUUUCAAUGGGGGCCCUGACUGGGGAAGGGGGGUGAGGUUUUUUGGGGAUGUUCCCCCUUAGAUAUCCCACUGUGCUUAAAUGUGUUAUGCCAGCCAAAGUAAACUAUUAUUAGACAAAUACAA